ACUCCCUUGCAGACAGACUUCUGGAGAAUUCCCUCACCAGCAGCAUGUUAAGGGUCAGUGUUCGCGUGAGCGGUGAGUGGGUGGUGAUGAUGUCUGGUGACCCCUCCCUCACCUUACGGCACGUGGGCCAGAAUGCCAUCGCCCGCUGCACCCAUCCUCAUCCACCCAUAGGUGGCGCCGUCCAGCCCCGUUUCCAGGUCAGGCGGUGUACAGACGGAGCCCCACUGAACCAGGACGAGCCAAUCGCAAAUGUGAUUCACCACGGCGACUUUGUUGACCUUGUGAUGGACGGGGACUGCUGGCCACAGCCAACUGGUCCUGUGUUUACCAGUGCACAAACAGAAUGGAAGGAACCAACGGAGUACAUCGCUCUGGAUGGAGAGAGUCUCACCACUGAUGACCUGGUCAGAUUGGGAAAAGGCCUCUUAAAGAUUAAGGUAAUUCUAACUUUUCUGAUUCAUUCUUUCUGUGGGUGUUAUUCCUUACACUGA